CUGUAGCUAUGGCAAAUGCAUCUAGAAUGCAUGCAGUGAAGGAAGAUGUGGAAACAGGAGUCCACCUUGAUCCUGCUAUCAAGGAGGUUCAAUACAAUCCCACUUAUGAAACUAUGUUUGCACCUGAGUUUGGACCAGAAAACCCAUUUAGGACUCAACAGAUGGCUGCACCUAGAAAUAUGCUUUCUGGAUAUGCAGAACCAGCUCACAUUAAUGAUUUCAUGUUUGAACAACAAAGGAGAACAUUUGCAACCUAUGGUUAUGCAUUGGAUCCCUCUAUAGAUAACCCUGAGGUUGCUACCAAAUAUAUUGGUUCUGUGGAAGAAGCUGAAAAAAAUCAAGGUUUAACAGUAUUUGAAACAGGACAGAGGAAAAUUGAAAAAAGGAAGAAGUUCAAGGAGAAUGAUGCAUCCAAUAUUGAUGGUUUUCUGGGACCAUGGGCAAAGUAUGUUGAUGAAAAAGAAGUAGCCAAACCGUCAGAAGAAGAGCAGAAGGAGUUGGAUGAAAUAACAGCUAAGAGACAGAAGAGAGGAAAACUAGAGGAUGAUAAACCUGGAGAGGAGAAGACUAUAUUACAUGUUAAGGAAAUGUAUGACUAUCAGGGGAGAUCUUAUCUUCAUGUCCCUCAAGAUGUUGGAGUUAAUCUCCGUUCCACGGUGCCACCUGAGAAGUGCUAUCUUCCAAAGAAACAAAUCCAUGUGUGGUCUGGACAUACAAAGGGUGUCAGUGCAGUUAGAUUGUUUCCUCUAUCUGGGCAUAUACUGUUGUCUUGCUCUAUGGAUUGCAAAAUUAAGCUCUGGGAAGUCUAUGGUGAUCGAAGAUGUCUACGAACAUUUAUUGGACACAGUAAGGCUGUUCGAGACAUCUGUUUCAAUAACGCAGGCACUCGGUUCCUCAGCGCUGCCUAUGAUCGCUACCUGAAGCUCUGGGACACUGAAACAGGACAAUGUAUUUCAAGAUUCACAAACAGGAAAGUUCCUUAUUGUGUCAAGUUCAAUCCUGACGAAGAUAAACAAAAUCUCUUUGUUGCAGGAAUGUCAGAUAAGAAAAUUGUGCAGUGGGAUAUUCGAAGUGGUGAGAUUGUGCAGGAAUACGAUAGGCAUUUGGGAGCUGUCAACACCAUUGUGUUUGUGGAUGAAAAUAGAAGGUUUGUGAGCACAUCUGAUGACAAGAGUUUAAGAGUCUGGGAAUGGGACAUUCCUGUAGACUUCAAGUACAUAGCUGAGCCAAGUAUGCAUUCCAUGCCAGCCGUGACUUUGUCUCCAAAUGGGAAGUGGUUGGCUUGCCAGUCGAUGGACAACCAAAUUCUGAUUUUUGGAGCUCAGAACAGAUUCAGAUUAAAUAAGAAGAAGAUUUUCAAAGGUCACAUGGUAGCUGGCUAUGCUUGUCAAGUGGAUUUUUCACCUGAUAUGAGCUACGUGAUAUCUGGAGAUGCAGAUGGGAAACUUAACAUCUGGGACUGGAAGACAACAAAACUCUACAGCAGAUUAAAAGCACAUGAUAAAGUCUGUAUUGGUGCAGUGUGGCAUCCACACGAGACAUCCAAGGUCAUUACGUGUGGCUGGGAUGGUCUUAUUAAACUGUGGGACUAGAGAGGAUG